AUGGUUUUACCACUGGGUUUUCAAGGUCAGAAACCAGGGCAAGCUUGCAAACUUCUCCGAUCCUUAUAUGGGCUGAAACAAGCUAGCCGACAGUGGAACGCGAAGUUAAACAGUGCGUUGGCCAGUAGAGGAUUCGAACAAUCGAAAUCAGACCCUUCAUUACUCACCAAAGGAAGUGGUAAGGAUUUCAUUGCAAUUCUCAUAUAUGUUGAUGACAUCCUAGUUGGAAGUCCCAAUCUACAUCAAAUACAAAUACUCAAGGCAUUUCUUGAUGAUACUUUCAAAAUCAAAGAUCUGGGCAGCUUGGGUUUCUUUCUGGGAAUUGAGGCACAUGUUGGGGACUCAGGACUGAACCUCUGCCAACGAAAAUAUGCCUUAGAUAUUCUGAAUGAGUCUGGUUUCAUAAAUUGCAAGCCGGUGAAUACUCCGAUGGUUCCAGGUCAUCAACUAAGCAAAGAAGGAGGCACUGCUCUGGCUGAUAUCAGUAGCUACAAACGGCUGAUUGGAAGAUUGCUAUAUCUCACCGCUACAAGGCCCGAUAUUGCAUAUGCGGUACAGCAACUCAGUCAGUUCGUUGACACUCCAACUGAUGAACAUUUAACUGCUGCACACAGGGUCCUCCUGUACAUAAAGAAAGCCCCUGGUCAGGGCUUGUUCUAUCCCAAGAAUGGUGCUCUACAACUCAACGCAUUUUCUGAUUCAGACUGGGCAUCUUGUUCGGAGACACGAAAGUCUGUCACUGGCUUCUGUGUCUUCCUUGGAUCCUCCCUUAUCUCAUGGCGCUCAAAGAAGCAGGCUACGGUUUCUCGUUCAUCAUCCGAAGCUGAGUAUCGUGCCCUGGCCGCCACAGUCUGUGAAUUACAAUGGCUCAACCUGCUUCUUCACGGCCUGCAAGCUAAGCCUAGCAAACCUGCAGUGGUGUUUUGCGAUAGUAAAUCUGCCAUCGCAAUUGCUGAAAACCACGUGUUUCACGAGAGGACCAAGCAUAUAGACAUAGACUGUCAUGUUGUGCGAGAGAAAGUCAGUCAAGGCCUCAUCAAGCUUCUAUCUGUCACCUCGACAUCCCAAACUGCAGACGGGUUCACCAAAACUCUGCCUACCUCUAUGUUUCAAUGGUUUGUAUCUAAACUGGGCAUCCAAAAUUUGCAUGCGCCAGUUUACGGGGGUAUUAGAGGGUAUGAAAGGCAGUUUAGAAGAAGGGCAUUAACGCCAAUUCACGCUUCUUGA